UUCAGAAUCUUUAUCAAGAGCCCGGAAGUACGUCACAGUUCAGAGGUCACUAGGAACUGUCAUGGCUGCGCUGUGGUGGAGCCGUGCGGUGAUUGCCCAGGGCCGAUUCUUGCAGCUUCAUCUCUCAACCCGUCGAUGUCACAAUGUCGGUACCAGCACGGAGACUGAGAGCGGAAAUUCUUCUCCAAAGGAGCCGGGAAAACGGCUGGGCGGCUUUGCGAGUGCUUUGGAACGCCACUCGAAGUUACAGGAGGAGGCGGAGCCCCAGCCGAACUCUCCAAAGAAUGAGAAUUCUUUUGCAUCUCUGCUGAGACAUUCUCCUCUAAUUCAGAUGGGACCUGCCAAAGAUAAAAUCGUCUUCGGACAAAUCUUCCAUGUUGUGGAAAAUGACCUUUAUAUAGAUUUUGGCGGCAAAUUUCAUUGUGUAUGCAAAAGACCAGAAUCAGAUGGAGAUUUGCAGAAAAUUGGCACUGUUAUAUAUUUAUUUGGGAUUCAUAUGAUCCAGAAAAGAAAAUAUCAGAGAGGAACCAGAGUACGUCUACGACUGCUGGAUCUUGAACUCACAUCCAGAUUCCUGGGAGCAAAAACAGAUACAACUUUACUUGAAGCUGAUGCUGUGCUCUUGGGAAUACAGGAUAGUAGAGACACAAAGUCAAAAGAAGAGAGUUCAAAAAACAAAUAAACUUUGGUGAUUUCAAGGUUUUAGAGACCAUUUAUUAAACUCAGAUGUUCAAAUGUGUAACAAGUCCAAUCCAUUGUAAAUGAAGAAAUUAAUUUAACAGAAAUCUCAAUAAAUAAAAGACUUAAAUGCAACCACUAAUCAACAUUUUUUUCCUCUUUAACUUUUUCCUUUUAACUACUCUUCUUUAUAGUGAUAUUAAUAAAAACCAAACCAAAAACAAAA